CGUCGCGCGAAUCUACCUACUUACUCCCGAGUCGUUUCGGUGGUCCCCUCCCGGGAAUCAUUUCAGGCACAGCUGCUGGGUUGACCAAACUUCGUCACUAUUUUUGAACAGAAUCCAGACGUCGUCACAAUGGGCAAACUCAUCCGUCUUGAGCUCUUCAACUUCAAGUCAUAUAAGGGCCAUCAUGUGCUACUGUUUGGGGACUCAUAUUUUACAUCUAUUAUCGGCCCCAAUGGAUCUGGCAAAUCCAACUCGAUGGACGCGAUAUCUUUCGUCCUUGGCAUCAAGUCAUCACAUCUCAGAUCUGCACACCUCAAGGACCUUGUCUACCGCGGUCGCGUUCUUAAAACAUCCAAGAUCAAUGACGACGGUUCUGCAGAAGCCCGCAUAGCUGACAGUCAACCGGACGAAGACGCGUCCAUGCGCAGAGCCUGGCGACAUGACCCAAGGUCCGCUUGGGUAAUGGCUGUGUACGAGGAUGACGCCGGCGACGAGCAGAGAUGGAAGCGCUCUAUUACCAGCCAAGGUUCCAGCGAAUACCGCAUCAACGACCGUGUUGUGACCGCCCAGCAGUAUAAUGAGGCUCUGGAGGCGGAGAACAUUCUGAUCAAGGCCAGGAACUUUCUUGUAUUCCAAGGCGACAUAGAAGCCAUUGCUGCACAAUCCCCCCACGACCUAACCCGUUUGAUCGAGCAGAUCUCCGGGAGCCUGGAGUUCAAGGCUGAAUACGAGAGGCUCCAAAGUGAGGUGGAACAGGCCGCUGAAAACCAGAGCUUUCAGCUGCAUCGGCGUCGUGGUAUAAAUUCCGAAAUUAAGCAAUACCAAGAGCAGAAGCGGGAGGCGGAAAAUUUCCAACAAAAGACUGACGAGCGGAGCUUGGCCAUCGUCAACCAUGCUCUUUGGAGACUAUACCAUCUUCAGAAAAGAAUGGAAGAGUCGACAGCGAAGAUUCAGGAACAUGACGCAAACCUUCAGGAGUUUCGACGGAACAUGGCCGUGUUUGAGAAGAGACUCGAGACAGCCCGAUCGGAACAAUCAGGCGCAGCCAGACAUCUCGCCAGCAUCGACAAGACGAUUAAGGCCAAGGAGAAAAGCAUCGCGGACAUGGACAACGAGUUGAUACCGAUUAACGAGAAAGUAGUGCAGAGCACCCGCGAUAUCAACCAUCUGCGCCAGCGACUGGAUGCUACAUGCAGGGAACGGGAUGAACAGGCCAAAGCUCUGGAGAACGAAUCAAAGAGGCUCAAGGCUGUCGAAAAGGCCGAGGCACUCAAGGAGAUUGAAUACAAGGAACGCAUGCAGCAACAGGGCGUUAAACUCACCGAGUCCGACAGGAAAGAAUACGCCAAUCUACGCAAACAGGUCUUGUCCUUGACUAUGGCUAAUCAAGCCAAGCUUGACAAUGUUUUGCGACAGCAGAAAUCAGAUGAGGUCACUGUCAACAGUCUCAGGGGCAAGGUCGACACCAUCUCGGCGAACCUACAUAAGUUGGCAAGCGAAAUACAUUCACUUUGUGGACGCAAAGAAGCUGUGGAGGCCAUGGUGCAGAAUCUGUCACGGGACAUAGAUACACGAAAGAAAGAAAUUGGUCAGAUUGGGUCUAUACGACAGCGGACACACAAUAAGCGCACGGAGCUGGAAGAGAAGCUUGAAAAUGUCGCGAAGCAGUUGCGCGAAGCCGACGACGGCCGCCGCCAAAACGACCGAGAAGCGAAGGUGAAAGAGAUGGUCAGCACCCUCAAACGAGUAUACCCUGGUGUCAAAGGUCGUGUGGGUGACCUCUGCAAGCCUAAACAAAAGAAAUUCGACGAGGCUAUCAUUGUCGCGCUUGGUCGGGACUUUGAGUCGGUUAUAGUCGAUACCGAAAAGACAGGUCUCGAAUGUGUCCAUUACCUGAAGGAUCAACGGUUCCCGCCAAUGACGUUCAUCCCCUUGGACAAUGUUAAGGUCAACUCUGUCAACAACGCUAUCAAAGGAAUCUCAGGAGCCCGUCUCACAAUCGACACGAUUGAUUUCGAUCCGUCGUAUGAGCGAGCUAUGGCGUACGCAUGUGGUAGCUCGGUAGUUUGUGAUACCCUUGACAUUGCCAAACGCAUCUGCUAUGACAAGAAGAUCCAGGUCAAGGCCGUAACUCUGGAGGGCUUUGUCAUACACAAGGCCGGUUUGAUGACGGGGGGAAGAGGUCCAGAAACCAAAGGUGGGAAACGUCGUUUCGAGGACGACGAUAUUCAGGCGUUGAAAAAGGUCGCCGCCAAGUACAAGAAUGAAAUCGAGAAUCUACCGAAGCCCGACCGCCGCGCCGAGGAGACACUACGCAUUGAUCUUCAGGCUCUUGAAUCGCAGCUUGUGUCAGCUAAGCGCGAGCUGUCACACCUUGAAAAGAACCUAAGCAGCAAGAGCAAGGAGCAAGACAACGAAGAAAGGCACUUGGCUGAUUGGGCACUUAAAUUAGCUCAGAAGAGCGAGGAGUUGGAGAUGACACGAAACACACUCCGGGAAUUCCGAGCUGCAAUUUUUGAGGUUGAAGAUAAAAUCUUCUCAGGAUUUUGUAGCAGGCUCGGACUGGCUAACAUUCGCGCGUACGAAGCUGAGCACAAAGGCAUACACUCUGAACUUGAAGAGGAGCGCAAGGCAUUUGAAGUCCAGAAAGAGCGUCUCAAGAGUACUCUGCGGUGGGCAGAGUCCAGACACCGAGAUCUUUGUGGCAGAGUGGCGACAAUGGAGAAGAAAUGCCAACAUCUUGAACAUGAAUUGCAGCAGUAUCGGCGAGAAAAGUCAGACAUUGACAUCGAAUUGGGCCAUGUGUCAAACGAGCUCGAUGCACUUCGAGAAGGCCUCGGAGAGUCUCGAGAACAUCUGGCACGGAAAAAUCAGUUUGUUGUCGAUGCCAAGGCGGAAGUCCAGAAACAAAACAAGGAGAUCGAGGACAGGCAGAAGGAGGUUUCCAGACUGGAAGCAAAAUUGCAGAAAAGCAGCGCUAGCAAGUUCGCAUUGCUCAGAAAAUGCAAGUUAGAGCAACUCCAGAUUCCUCUCUUGACUGGGUCGCUAGACAAGCUCCCAAACGAAGACAAUCUCCUGCGUCUGGACCCUGAUGUGAUGGAUCUUGACAAGCAGGGCCAAAGAGAGGAGGUGGACGUCGCCGUCGACGAUUACGGGAUUGUCAUUGACUUCGACAGUCUCGACGACGCGUUGAAACAGUUGGAUGAUCCCAGUGUCGAGGAAGGUUUACAAAAGACCAUUGCCGCCUUGACGGCGGAACUCGAGAAGCUCAACCCCAACAUGCGGGCAAUGGAAAGGCUCGAGAGCGUGGAGUUACGGCUGAAGAAUACAGAGCAGGAGUUCGAAGACUCGAGAAAAGCUCUCAAGGACGCCAGAGAUGCGUUUAAUCAAGUCAAGGCUCAGCGGUUUGAGUUGUUUAACAAGGCAUUCACCCAUAUUCAAGAACAAAUCGCCCACGUCUACAAAGACCUCACUCGGUCAGACGCCUACCCGCUGGGCGGUCAAGCCUACCUCGACAUAGAGGAAGACACGGACACACCUUAUCUUUCGGGGAUCAAGUAUCAUGCCAUGCCACCACUCAAACGGUUCAGAGACAUGGAACAUCUCUCUGGUGGCGAGAAGACCAUGGCCGCACUGGCACUCCUGUUUGCCAUCCACAGUUACCAGCCUAGCCCUUUCUUUGUGCUUGAUGAGGUAGACGCUGCCUUGGAUAAUGCUAACGUUGACAAGAUAAAGAAGUAUAUCCGGGAGCACGCAGGUCCAGGCAUGCAAUUUGUCGUGAUUAGUCUUAAGACUGGGCUAUUUCAGGACAGCGAGAGCCUCGUGGGUGUCUAUAGAGACCAGGAAGCUAAUAGCUCAAGGACUUUAACGAUGGAUCUCCGAAAGUAUAAGUAGUAGUUUUAUAUCUUUGUGAUUAAUAAUAGGAAUAAUGAAGGAGGUUUUAUAAUUAUCUACGGGAAGAAUGAGGGCGU